AUGAAGCUCAAGCUUAGCUCAAAUCUAAGUCUCUUCUGCUUCGGCUUGGCCUUGAAACUCGUCUUUCUGCCAACGGCGGUGGCACAACUUCAGCACCACAGCCUCGACAUGCAUUGGUAUCCUGGAACCGCCACCUGGUACGGUGACCCCAACGGAGACGGAAGUACCGGUGGAGCGUGUGGAUACGGUAUGUUGGUGGACGUGAAGCCGUUGAGGGCGAGAGUAGGGGCGGUGGGGUCAGUACUGUUUAUGAAAGGGGAAGGUUGCGGUGCGUGUUACAAAGUCAAGUGCUUAGACAAUAGCAUAUGUUCCAGGCGAGCUGUUACGGUCAUAAUCACCGACGAGUGCCCUGGCUGCCCCACGGACUCCACCCACUUUGAUCUCAGCGGCGCUGCUUUUGGACACAUGGCUAUCUCCGGCGAAAAUGGUCAGCUCAGAAACCGCGGUCAAAUCCCUGUCAUUUACCGAAGAACUCCAUGUAAAUAUCCUGGGAGAAAAAUUGCCUUCCAUGUUAACGAAGGUUCCACGCCAUUUUGGUUAUCACUUCUGGUUGAAUUUGAAGAUGCAGAAGGAGAUAUAGGCACCAUGCAUAUAAGAGAAAAUGGUUCUAAUGAGUGGCUGCAAAUGAAUCAUGUGUGGGGUGCAAAUUGGUGCAUUAUUGGGGGACCUUUAAGGGGACCAUACUCUGUUAAACUCAGCUCUUCCACUGGUAGAACCCUAUCAGCUAGGGAUGUUAUUCCUAGCAAUUGGGUACCAAAGGCCACUUACACUUCUCGCCUAAAUUUCUACCCUUAA